UCAUAAAGUAUAUAUGCAUAUUAUGUUCCAUAGGCAUAUUCGGUGUGAUGAUCAUCUGGAAUCCCCUCACUUCUUGAUUGCAUAAAUACCAACAAACGUGCUUCCUUUUCUUUAAAUACAAGUCUUAAAAUAGUAAAAAUUUACCGUUAUUAUUGAUCAAUUUAUUUGGUCGCACAAUAAUCAUAAUAAUGUAAUCAUAAAUAACCCAACUAAAUUAAUGAUAUACUUCAAAACUAAAAUAAACAACCAAGAGUAUACUGAAAAUGGUGAAGGCGUAAAAAGUACCGUUUUGCAGUUAUUCGGUUCUGUCAAUUGAUUCAAUUAAAUUGAACAAUUACUGCAGCUAACAAUGAACUUGAUAAAAUAAUUGAGCUUGGAUUGAAACUGAAUUGUUAUUUUAUAGUCUUUGACCAACGACACUGGCAAAACCAAUUUGAGAUUUUUUGGGUUGAUUCUCACUCGAGCGAGACCUGAUUGAUUAAUUAGUCUUAUCAUUAUCAUGCCUGCGCUCGUAGCUUUCGGGCGAAGGUGGCAAGUCGCAAGCGACGAUUUUGUCUUCCCUGCAUUUAUCGACGCAAUUUUUAGGAUAUCCUGGUUGAUUGGGGGAAGUGUGGUGUACUGGAAGGAGGAAGAUAAGCUUGGAUGUCCGGGGGGUCAUUUUAUGAGAAAUUACCUCUGGGGAAACACCAUCAUCCUCCUGGUCAUCUUGUUUUCCGACAUUGCCUUGGUUCAGGCCUCCAUGGCUGGAAAUAUGCUGGACACGCAAGCACGACGGCUAGUCCGGCCUUUUUUGUAUCUCAGGUGCCUUUUAGAGAUUUCAGAAAUUGGUUGGAACGUUCUAGGCACAAUCUGGGUUUUUACGAGAACAAUUAUUUGCAAUGAUGCACCCGAGACUUUGAUUCUUAUCAAAUGCCUAGUAAUUCUAAAUUGGGUCGUGAUUUUCAUCCUGGUUGUCUUUAUUGGACUAGUGUUUGAUCCUAGUGGAGCCACAAGUAAUAAAUCGUUUGACAUGGACAUGGACUAUGACCGAUUCCGCGACAGCGUCCUUCAUGGAGAUCAUCGGAGUCAUCGCGUUUGGGAAAAGCGAUGUCGAUUUAUCAUGUGUUCAUGCUUUGGAGGAGAUGAGGUUCACCGGUCAGCCUUUAAGGAUGUUGGUAAAAUCAUGGCGUAUGUAUUCGACCAAGAAAUUGACCUCGUCCCAACUGAUAUUGCUGCUGGGUUGAUCGUAAUAAAUUUGAAGGCUCAAGCAGAAGCCAGCGAGCUCAAAGGGCGUCGAGGAGGAGGCCCUUCUAAAUCAUUUUUAGACAGCAGUGGAUCGAGUGAUGUGGCACAAAUCACGUCUAACUGGAACUCACCCAUGACCGUGACCCACUUUAUGAAAUAUGCUCUCGGUUCGUAUGGUUGGCCAUGGUUUUUAGUAGCGAAUCCAAAAAGUGGACUCUUUCGACUCUGGGAGAACAUUCUUUGUUGUGGGUGUUGCGUAUCCCACCCAUGUUCCGUGGAAGGGGAUAAUUGCUGCUACUGUAAUACCUCGGCUCUAAAGCAGACGACAUCCAUUGAAAAUUGUGACCUGUGGUACGCAUCCUUCCAUAAUUCUGUCUUUCAAACUCCCUUCUAUGUAGCGAUUGACCAUUCGACAAAGUCUAUCGUGGUUGCCGUGAGAGGAACAAUGUCACUUCGCGAUGCUAUUACGGACCUUACUGCGGAGGCCAAACCGAUUGAGGGAAUUGGAAUACCAGAGGGCUUGCGGGCUCAUUACGGGAUGAUGAUGGCUGCAAGAAACAUACUUCAGAAAUUGAAUGCUCUUCGUAUACUCGAGAGAGCUAGGAGAGAGUAUCCGGAAUAUAAUUUGGUGCUUACAGGUCAUAGUUUGGGAGCUGGUGCCGCAACAGUUCUUAGCUUUCUUUUAUACUCACAGUAUCCGAAUCUCAAAUGUUACGCCUACUCACCUCCAGGUGGACUGCUUUCUCUGGAUGCUGCUGAAUUUGCGGAAGCCUUCACACUUUCCAUUGUGAUUGGAGAUGACAUUGUCUCUCGCCUUAGCGUGCCAGCCUUUGAGAGAUUUAAGGAAACGUUAAUAAUUGCGAUACGAGAUUGCAAAGCUCCAAAGUAUCGGAUCGUAGUGGGUGGGUGCUGGUAUCUCCUCGUGGGAGGAAUUCCUAACAUUGGGACGGCAACGACCCAUUCUACUUCCACCACUGAGGAUAAGCCAAACACUACUUCUGAGAUCGAACAAGACGUCCGAUCUGAUACUGUCCUUCUUCAAAGGGACAUGGAACAGCCAAACUAUCACACUUAUGUAUCACUAGCAGAAGUGAGUCAAAAAUUGCAACGUGAAUCUGUGACUAGGUGUCCAAUGUUUCUACCGGGUCGGAUUAUGCACAUCACAGAAAAGCCUAUAUUUGACUCGAGACCUGAGCUGUUGGACGAAUCCUCUCGCUAUCAGUGGCACUGGGCUGAUCGGAAUGAUUUUGGCGAGAUCAGAGUCACACCUAAAAUGAUGAUUGAUCAUUACCCUGACAAUGUGUACAAAGCCUUGGUGGACGUAGCUUCCGCAUCUUCAGAUGUUCCCUUCUACUCUGUGAUAUGAUGAAAUUUUUUAAGCAGUCAUUUAACUUGUCGCAACAAUAUAUAGUAAAUUACGACUAAGGAAAAGCCUUACUGCAAUCUAACGGAUUACUAAUAAAUAAUUGAUGAACUGAUAAUACAAACGUAUGCAUUUACGCCUUAACUACAUGGUACUUGACAUUUUUGUACGUUGUGACAUAAUUUUCAAGCAAUAAUAAUUUAUUCUCUUGUCAGAAAUUACUUGGUGGUGCUAUUUAACCAAGUCGACAUGUACUUAUUAUUUAUGUAAUGAAUACUUAUUGUUACUUUUUACAUUUUGUGAGAUAUUUUUAAUAAAGAAAUACAUAAAAGAAA